CCUUCACCAUGAAGUCAAUGAUUUAAAUAAAUCAUUGUUGUGGCUGCUUAAUGCGAUGGAUGAAGAUCAAUAGAGUGAUGUUUUAAACUGUAACAUAUUGAAAAAUAAGACGGAUUAUACACGCCAGCAAUGAAGCUCUCCCUAAAGAAGACAUGGUUGUGCAGGAUGCUACAAGACCUAAGCCCCAUAACAGCAGGUUCUUCAAGAGGUAUUGUGUGUAACGGCAUUACAAAUUAUGGCCACAUCGACCGUCUACCCUUGGGCUGCAAAAUUGCAUGCUUUGUCUUUGCUGCUAUUGGUGCCUUGGAAACUGGAAAGUGGCUGAUCUUGUGCCUUUACAAUUCUUCAACGUUCUUAUUUGCAACUCAACUAAGCACAUUUGGUGAGGAGAUGCCAGAUUCACCAGACCUCUCAAUGCCUUGCUCUAACUCUCAUUUAAUCGAUGAGUUGACGAAUCGUAUGCAGAUGUUGGAAGUCGCAUUUAAGGAGCAAGUAUUCGCAAGGGAGACUAUUGCUCGCGGAAUUAUAGACCAGUCUGAUGUGUACGUUUCAAUGGACAAAAAGCUGGAAGAGUUUCUAGCGAAAAUGGACAACAUAAGUACACAGUACGCUGAGCUGGAAUCAAAAUAUAAACAUUUGGAGGGCAGGAUUUAUUCUGACGAGGUUCUCGGAGUAGUGAUGGUGUUGAUCGUGACGGUACAACUGUUCUGUAGUUUCCGAAGACCUAUACUUAAAUCAUUGGAGAGUGUUUCGCAAGUUCAAACGCACUUGUCCAAAUUUAUGAACAAGGCGAAACCUGAAAGAAAGGUAUCGUCCAAUCCAGGCACACCAAAACAUUCACUUGGACUCAGAAACGAAAUGUGCGUUAUUUGCUUUCAAAGGGAUAACACAAAUGGAUUAAUUAGCAAACUAAUGGAUUCGAUGCUCCGACACCUCGAAGGAGUAAAGUUGUCCGCAAAACCAUUUUAUGCAGUGUUUGCAGUAGAUGACAUUCGGACGAUGCCGCAUGUUAAAUUGUAUGUGGUUUUGGUGGACCUGGAAACAAGAGGGCUUUAUAUCAACGGAUCUGAGAAAGAUCUCGUGUUGAUGGCUUUGAAGUUUAUCAAGUCUAUUGGAGCUCAAUGUGUCGUUAUCAUUUCAAACGACGAAGGCUCAAGACAUUUGACUGCUCAUAGUGUUUACAAUUCUUCAAUUCGUAUGACUAAAACCAACGACUCCCUCCAAGAGCUGGCAUCAGAUGGAAAAUUGUAUAGCAUGUGGCAGGAAAUGACUUCACAUCAACUGAGUCACUUGCGACGAUUGGUUAAGACGGUCUUAAACGCAAAGUUGGUGUUAAAAUAGAUUUGUGACUGUUAUGAUUACCAGAAGCUGUUGCCAUGACUGGAAUGCUUUUGGUGUUGACGAGGUGAAAUUUAUUGCAUUUGUUUUAUCAAAAUAACAACUUGUCUUUUCAUUAUAUGCCUCUAAAGAUUAUAAAAGGAAUUCUGUACUUUUCGGAAACGCACGCCAAAUUGUACGUAAGAUUGUUUAGAAAGUGAAGUCAUUGAUAUUGCGUGCGCUGAUGUUUGAUUUGGAUAGCAAAAAGGGCCAACAAUUCAAAAUAGUUAACAAUAUCCAAAAUCAUAUUAUUUUAAUAUUACUUGUAAAUCUCUAUAUAUAAACGGAAAGAACAUAAUAAUGUGUAUUAUCAGAAUCAAAUAUGAUGCAUGCCUUACACGCUUUUUGUGCUGCUGGUCGGUUCUCCAAAUGUAGCCCUGGCUCAUAAGCUCAACUCGGCUAAAUGCAACUCAAGUGUAUUGCUAUAUUGUCUGACACAAGUGGUAAAGCUCUUUUUAGUGUAAACGUAACAUAUUUUCUAUGUUUUAUUAUAAAAUAUAUAUCAAACAAAGUAUAAACAUUUGAUUUUGGCUGUUAAUGUAUAUUAUGUAAAGUGAUUUUGUUAAUAAACAAAAUUGUUUAUCUUA